UUAUCAAUUUCACGUGCCACAAAUCUGUUAUUAGUGGAACUAUAUGAUAUUAGCCAUUCAUCUGAGAUUAUGACAUGGCACUUUUCUGUUUUUCUCGUUGGCUUCAAAGUUCAAUCUUUCUAUCGAUAAAUUCAUCAUGUAACAGAUCAAAGCUCAGUCAAGUGCCAUUUGUUUUCGUAUAUUCAAGAGGUCAUUUUUAGUAUACGUACAAAAAUGGCGCAUCCGAAAAGAAUUGCCAUUAUAGGAGCUGGACCUAGUGGCUUGACAGCUAUUAAAAGUUGCAAAGAAGAGGGUUUUAUACCAGUUUGUUAUGAACGAAAUGGAGUUCCGGGUGGAUUAUGGAGAUAUCAUGAUGAAGAUAUCCACGGAGUAGCAUCAGUCAUGAGGACAACGAUCAUAAACACAAGUAAAGAGAUGAGUGCUUUCAGUGAUUUUCCACCUCCUAAAGAGUUUCCAAAUUUCAUGCAUAACAGCAAGAUGUUGGAGUACUUUAUGCUAUAUGCAGAAACUUUUAAUCUUUUGCGACAUAUUAGGUACCAUUUGGAAGUCAUCAAAGUAGAACCGUCCAAAGAGUAUGAAACUAACGGGCGGUGGACUGUCACUGUGAAAAGUACGCAGACAGAGGCAAUUUCGAGAGAAGAAUUUGAUGGAAUUAUGGUCUGCAUUGGACAUCACGUCUAUCCAAAUAUACCCACCUUUCCAGGGCAACACAAAUUCAAGGGUACUAUUGUACAUUCGCACAGCUUGAAAAGUUGUGAAAGAUUUGAGGGACAGAGAGUUGUAGUUGUAGGAAUAGGAAAUUCUGGAGUCGAUGUAGCUGUUGACUGCACUUUCGUAGCCGAACAGGUUUAUCUGAGUACAAGAAGAGGAUCAUGGAUAAUGGGACGUGUUGGAGAGAACGGAAAACCCUAUGAUUUAGAUUUCGCUCGUCGAAAAAAUGUAUUUAUGGGAAAAUUUCGCUCCUAUGAUACCCAGUGCAAAUUAUUGGAAAAUCAAUUAAAUGAGAAAUUUGAUCAUGCUGCUUACAAUUUGAAACCCAAGCAUCGAAUCCUGAGUGCUCACCCAACCUUGAAUGAUGCCUUGCCAAACUGUAUCCUCAGUGGCAGGGUGAUCGUUAAAGGGGACAUCGAAAGAUUUGAAGAAAACGGAGUUGUGUUCGUUGAAGAAAAAAAUGUCACGAAAGUAGAUUCUGUAAUUUUAGCUACAGGGUAUGAAAUCAAAUUUCCUUUCAUUGACAGCUCUGUAAUAUCAAUAAAAAACAAUCGCGUUCAUCUAUACAAGUAUGCCAUUCCUCCAAAUCUCAAAUUUCAUAAUUUGGCCUUCAUAGGUUUAAUUCAACCUUUAGGACCUAUUUUUCCAGCAGCGGAAAUGCAUUGUCGAUGGUUCGCGCAGAUCAUGGCAGGUAAUAUCAAGCUACCCAGCGAGGAAGAAAUGGAGCGAGACAUCGAAAACAAAAAUAAAGCAAACGAAAAACGUUAUAUUAAUACACAGAGACAUACCAUUCAGGUGGAUUGGAUACCUUUUUUGGAUGAACUUUCAGAAAUGAUUGGAGCUAAGCCCAAUCUACUGAAAUUAGCAAUUACUGAUCCCAAAUUAUUUUGGGUUUGCUUUAACGGACCUUGCUUACCAUAUCAAUACAGACUUCAAGGCCCCCAUUCGUGGCCUGGGGCAAGAGAAGCAAUUCUAACUUAUGAGGAACGAGUCUAUGCUCCUCUCAAUUCCAGUGGAAAGAAACCUUGUGAUAAAAAGGAUGGUUUCAUCUCAGGAAAAAGUCUUUUCCUACUUUUGGCUGUAUGUGCAGGAUGUGUGAUAUACAGUAAGAAAUCCUCCCUCACUUUUCCUACUUUCGCUGAAUUUUAAAUGGAAGAAAGAAAUCUAUCUGUGGAAAUGCAAUGUCUAUAUUUAAAUCUUUAUAGUGCUGUAUAUUUAUGUUUCGAUCUGAAUUGAAAAAUAAUAAAAAAGGAACAGACUGUCUUAAAGAUAUUAUACCAUACUUUCUAAAUAAAAUUUGUUCAAGUAAUUCUUCUCUUUAAAAUAUUUUAUGUGUUUUGAGACGCCUUCUAUUGAUUUUCCUCUCAAGAGAAAAUUAGUGAAACUGUUUUCAAGAUUCUAUAGUGCUUUCGAAUAGCAAUUAAAGCAUUGUUCUUUGAAAUUGAAUUGUAGUUUCUUGUCUAAGUAUUUUUAGAACAAAAAAAAAAAAUCAAACUAUUGUAUCAAAGCAAUUUA